GCCUCUUUGCGAAGCCCCCGCGGCGGUGGAACGGCAGCGGCGGGUGACUUAGCGGCGGCCCCAUGUUUUCCCCCAGCCAGGAGGAGCACUGCGCGCCCAACAAGGAGCCCGUCAAGUACGGGGAGCUGGUGGUGCUUGGGUAUAAUGGAUCCCUUCCUAAUGGUGACAGAGGGCGCAGGAAAAGCAGAUUUGCCCUCUAUAAGCGACCCAAGGCAAACGGAGUUAAGCCCAGCACUGUUCAUGUGAUUUCUACUCCUCAAGCAUCAAAGGCAAUCAGCUGUAAAGGUCAGCACAGUAUCUCUUACACGUUAUCCAGAAACCAGACUGUUGUAGUGGAGUAUACUCAUGAUAAAGAUACAGACAUGUUUCAGGUUGGGAGAUCAACAGAAAGCCCCAUAGACUUUGUAGUAACAGAUACUAUUUCUGGAAGUCAAAAUAAUGAUGAAACCCAGAUUACCCAAAGCACCAUAUCCCGUUUUGCAUGCAGGAUUGUCUGUGACAGGAGCCCACCAUAUACAGCAAGGAUUUUUGCAGCUGGAUUUGACUCAUCUAAAAAUAUAUUUCUUGGUGAAAAAGCGGCAAAGUGGAAAAAUCCUGAUGGCCAUAUGGAUGGAUUGACAACUAAUGGGGUCUUGGUUAUGCAUCCAAAAGGAGGGUUCACGGAGGAGUCUAAACCUGGAGUUUGGCGGGAAAUCUCAGUCUGUGGUGAUGUGUACACUCUCCGGGAAACCAGAUCUGCUCAACAAAGGGGGAAACUGGUAGAAAACGAGACCAAUGUCCUACAAGAUGGCUCUCUCAUUGACCUGUGUGGAGCCACCCUUCUGUGGAGAACGGCAGAUGGACUGUUUCACACUCCAACUCAGAAACACAUUGAAGCUCUGCGACAGGAGAUAAAUGCUGCCAGACCACAGUGUCCUGUUGGGUUAAACACUUUAGCAUUUCCCAGCAUCAACCGUAAGGAUGUGGUAGAAGAGAAACAGCCGUGGGCAUACCUCAGCUGUGGUCAUGUUCAUGGCUAUCACAACUGGGGACAUCGCAGUGACACAGAAGCGAAUGAGCGGGAAUGUCCUAUGUGCAGAACCAUUGGCCCUUAUGUGCCUCUCUGGCUUGGUUGUGAAGCAGGCUUUUAUGUGGAUGCUGGUCCUCCAACUCAUGCUUUUACCCCUUGUGGACAUGUGUGCUCUGAGAAGUCUGCAAAAUACUGGUCUCAAAUCCCCCUGCCUCAUGGUACUCAUGCAUUUCAUGCUGCGUGCCCUUUUUGUGCAACACAACUGUCUGGGGAACACAACUGCAUCAAGCUAAUUUUUCAGGGUCCAGUUGACUGAUACCGCUUUACAAUGACCACAAUAACAUUUUCUUUAACAAUUUACUGUGAAGAUUUUGCCACUAACUCUAAAUUUUACCUUUUUUUAUAAUGUUAUUAAUAGGGUGGUAGGGUGGGGAUGGGGAGCUGACAAAGGAAAUUGUGAGGGACUGUGGUGGAAUUGGGAUACAUUGAUACCUGGAACUUGUCAGAUAUCAGUGGUGUUGCAUGCUCAAAAGCAGCAUAUUCAUGAAGUCUUCUUGGUUCAAUUGUAGUAUAUUUGUAAUCUUUUUAUUAGUACCCUGGAUGAGAAAAAGGUGUCUUAAUGAUUUUUUUUAAGCUAAGAUUUUUUUAAUGGAGAGGUUUUUUUUCUUCUAAACUUUGACAAGCCUUUAAAACCUAUUUUUCAAAUCUAGAAGGAGCAUACAGAAUGUAACUGUCUUUAAUUUGUGAUAUAAUUUAACUUGAAUAGUUUCUCAAGGAGCUAAUACAGAAUGUGUGGACAGCCGUAGGUGAAUGUUCACUGGAGAUAAUUGGAUAUGUAAGAGAAAAAUCAGCUGUCUAAAUUGUAGAGUAUAAAAGCUAUUAAAGUAUCUAUUAUGGUAUAACACAGCUGGCCAAAAAGGCAUCAAAGAUUACUUGAAACUGAGGAAAUCCUGUUUGCAUUGAUUUCCUUUCAGUGUAAGAUAUCCACUGUUCAUUAUGUAUGGUAUAUGGCUGAUUUUUAUUUUUCCUCCCCUUUCCCCCACUUUAACCUGCAUCUGGUGAAACUGCUUUACUUUUUUUACAUACUUAAUCCUGGGUUUUAAGCCAGUGUUCUGUAUAUGUGUAGUCCAGCCUUUUUAUUUCUGCUUAACUUAGCUUGCCCUAACUGCUCCUUGCAUGCCCAGGACCAUUGGGUUCAUUGAGAUGUAGCAAGCCUUUAAAAACUGCAUUAAUGAAGGGGUAGUCCUGCAGCAAAACAGAAGGUUUAGGUACAACUUAUACAGAACUCAUUUACAUAGACCUAAAUUCAGGAAAGCACUUAAUUUGUGUUUAGAUCUAAACCCAUGGAUGGGACUAUUUAGAUUCUCAAGUGCUUCAGUGGAUUGUGGUUAUAUGCUGUUAUGUUUUGAAAUAAAAAUGCAAUUAGGAGUCAGGUUUUUUUUUUAAGCUCACUUACUAGCCAAAAUGCUAUAAGGAGAAUGUCGAUUCUAGUUCAGCUGUGUAUUUUUGUUCAGUUUUCAACCUGCUCCCAUCUGUCACCUUUUUUUUGCAGAUUGAGCUGUGUUUGUAUCCAUUUUUUUUUUUUUUUCAAAUGUGUGCAAAUCAAACAGCAUUCAAAUGUAAUCAAAUAUAUGCACCAGGGUGGUACAUAUGAAGUGGAUCACUUGAAAUUCCUCACUUUUUGAGAGCUGAUAAAUGUUUACUGUGGAAAAAAUUAAAUCAGAAUUUCAUGAGAUGUACCCUGCCCACUGUUAGUUUCAUUUCAUACAGGAUGAUAACGCUUUGAUUUGUGAUUUAUUUAGUUUGGGUUUUUUUUCUUUUGCUUUCUGUACUUUUGGUAUCUGAGGUAUCAAUAUAUCCAGGUUAAAAAAAAAAAAGUAAAGAAUUCGGGAGAAAACUGUAACAUCUUUAGACGAAAUUGAUCAUUCAAGCUUAGUUCUGUUUAAUCAACUAUAGCUCUUUGCUAUAUUUGUGUCCUUUGUAUAAAUACAUAAUUUAUAUGAUUUUAAUAUAUUCUGUAUAUAUAUACUUGAAUUGGCCUGUUCAUAUUUUGGUUGUAAAGUUGUUUUAUAGUUAACCUUAUAAACAUUUUGCAUGUCCCUUGCCAGUGGUGACGGGGCAUACUUUGUCUGCUGCUGUUUUUAGUAUGAUUUUGCUGUAUAAAUGUUCAGCAUUUUAAUAA